CCCAGCAGUCAAACUUGUCCAUUCGCAUCUCAUUGGCGCUAAAAAAAGUCAUCAGAUUGGACCGCCAUCAUCGGCCCUUCCGCGCCGGUAAACCCAUUUCCCUAAAUUCCAAAAUCUUUCUUUAAAAAAAAAAAAAAAAAAAAAACCAUUUAAAUUUUCAAAUACGAUUCUUUCAAUUUCAAACAAAUCCAAGUAAACCGAAAGGGAAAAGUAUAAAGUAGCCACAAUGAUCAAAUAACAGCCACCGGAUAAACUUCCAGCAAAAAAAUCCCUCACGCGCGCCCUUUUUUUCCUCGAACGUUCUAGAAGAAUGGCACAAUCGAAGACGGAAACUGGGCCAAAGUCCAGCUCAACGCAAUCUCCUUCUCAGGAACCGAGCCCGAAAGAGUCGGAUCCCGCAAUGGAUGCGGACGGUUUUGUUAUGGUGCCAACAGCAGAGCCAGAGAAAAAGGAAGAGAAAGAGACUCAGAAUCCAAAAGAGAUUCAGAUUCAAAGCGAGCAAUCACCGAGCCGAACAUCAUCCGGGUCGAGGAAAUCGGUUCAUUGGAACCCCGAAUUGGUUAGUGAAUCGUCUGCCGCGGAUCACAGCGCCACUAUGUCCGCUCCUAACGGAUCCAAUCCUUACAUUGCUCACGCUCCUGCUCCGGAAUCUUCUUCGACUUCCUUCAAAGAGAAGAUGGAUAUAGUGAGGGAUGUUUUAGGGAGAUGGGGGAGGAAAGUGGGAGAAGCGACGAGGAAAGCCGAGGACCUGGCCGGGAACACGUGGCAGCACUUAAAAACAAGCCCGAGUUUUGCUGAGGCUGCCAUGGGAAGAAUUGCUCAGGGAACAAAGGUUUUAGCAGAAGGUGGCUAUGAGAAGAUUUUUAGACAAACUUUUGAAACAGUUCCUGAAGAGCAACUCCAAAAUUCAUUCGCAUGUUACUUAUCCACAUCAGCAGGUCCUGUCAUGGGAGUUUUAUAUGUAUCUACAGCAAAGCUUGCAUAUUGCAGUGACAGUCCUCUUUCCUAUAAAAAUGGUAGCCAGACUGAAUGGAGCUACUAUAAGGUAGUUAUCCCAUUGCAUCAACUUAAAGCAGUUAAUCCUUCAACAAGCCGAGUCAGUCCCUCGGAAAAGUACAUCCAAGUUAUCUCUGUCGAUAGUCAUGAAUUUUGGUUCAUGGGCUUCUUAAACUACAACGGUGCUGUUACAUGCCUACAGGAAGCUUUGCAACUCAAUAACUUACAGUCUGUGUGAUACCGUUUCUAGUAGCAUAACCUUCACUCAGUUGUAUGACGAUUAUCAUGCAAAGCAUUCACUCUGCUGCUUAGAAGCAUCUGAUAAUACAUGUUCCUUCCGAAGCUCUUCAAUAUUCUAUGGAAAUGAAAAUUUAGGUAAAGGUAGAAUUUAUAUCUGGAUAUCAGAUGACAGUUAUAAGAAGAGAAUAUAAUGAACCUGUUCUGGUUUAAGCUCAUGUCAUUGUAAUGUCAGUUGCUAUAAACCGUUCAGUGACUUGA